AUGUGCUCCAGACAGAGCUCCGGAGGUUGCCAUGGAAUGUCCUCCCAGUCCAGUGGAUGCCACAGUGGGGGCUCCUCCUGCCACGGGGGCAGCUCCUCCAGCCACCAGGCACAGGGCUCCUCCUGCUGUGGGGGUUCAGGCUCAGGAAGCUCCAGUGGAGGCUCUGGCAAGAUCAUCAUCAGCUCUGGAGGUGGAGGAGGUGGAUCCUGCUGCAGUGGGGGCUCCUCAGGCUGGGGCAUGGGAGGGGGAUGCAGUGGUGGCAGUGGGAGAUCAGGCCAGAAAACCAUUAUUAGCUCAGGUGGUGGAGGGGGUGGCUCAUCUGGAUGUUGUGGUUGGGGAGCCAGUGGUGGCAUGGGAGGAGGAUCCAGUGGUGGUUCUUCAGGAUCGAAGAGCAUGUUAGGAGGUGGAAUUAGCGGAGGCUCCUCUGGAUGCUGUGGUGGGGGAUGCAGUGGUGGGUCUUCAGGAGGUGGGAUCAUAGUUGGAGGUGGAGGUAGUGGGGGAUCCUCUGGAUGCUGCAGCAGAGGAUCUUCAGGCUAUGGAAUGGGGGGAGGAUACAGCAGUGGGUCUUCAGGAUCAAAGAGCAUCAUUGCAGGUGGAGGCAGCGGAGGCUGCUCUGGAUGUAGCAGUGGAGGAUCCUCAGGCUAUGGGAUAGGAGGAGGAUGUAGCAGUGGCAGUGGAGGAUCUGGGCAGAAGAUUGUUAUUAGCUCAGGUGGUGGAGGAGGUGGUUCAUCUGGAUGCUGCAGUGGACACUCAAGCUGUGGCAUGGGAGGGGAAUCCAGUGCUGGGUCAUCAGGAUCAAAGAUUAUAAUUGGAGGUGGAAGCAGUGGGGGAUCCUCUGGAUGCUGUGGUGGGGGAUCCUCAGGCUAUGGGAUAGGAGGAGGAUGCAGUGGUAGCUCUUCAGGAGGCAAGAUCAUCAUUGGAGGUGGAGGCAGUGGAGGUUCCUCUGGAUGUUGCAGUGGAGGAUCCUCCAGCUGUGGCAUGGGAGGAGGGUGCAGUGGUAGCAGUGAGGGAUCUGGCCAGAUCAUCAUCAGCUCAGGUGGUGGAGCAGGGGGCUCCUCUGGAUGCUGCAGUGGAGGAUCCAGUGGCAGCAGUGGCAGUUCCUCAAGCCACACCGUCAUCAUCAGCUCUGGAGGGGGCAGUGGGGGGUCCCACCAGUCCACGCAGCAGAAAUGUCCCAUUGCUAUUCCCCACAUCGAGUCCCAUCAGACCAAGCAGGCCUGCCCCUGGUCUCCCAGCUACCAGAAGCUGCGGUAUGGGAGAAGGAUGCAGUGGGGCAGAGAAGGUGGCAGUGGGGGAUCUGGCCAGAAAACCAUUAUUAAAUCUGGCAGUGGAGGACAUGGCUCAUCUGGAUGCUGCAAGACCUGGCCACCACCCCCCUCUGCCCUACACUUGCUAAUCCUCUUCUCAGCAAUCCCCUGCAUCCAUAUUCCCACCCACCUUCCCUGGUGUCCCUCCCUGGGGGCCAAAAUUUACCACUGGCUCCGAAGGAAGUGUCUCCGCCGGAACAGGGGCUACAGCCAUGAGAUCUCCUCUCACCACAGAGGAUGGAGAGGUGGCACCAUUCACGGGCAUGGCUCCUUCUUCUGUGAUAGAGAAGGUUCAGUCACCUACAGCCGAGGACCUUCAUCCUUUCAGCCCAUGCCAGCAUCAUCCACCUAUGACAUUUCAGGGGGGUUCAGCUGUAGUGGUGAUGGAUCUAUUGUAAUAAGAAGUAGUGACAGUCAGGGGACACCUGUCUGGGGUAUUUCAGGGGGGACAGUCCCCUUCUAUGGCACCGUGCGGGCAACGGGGCACAGUAGUGAAGACUCAUGGCGGGGUGGAGGCUCCAUCUACCACAGUGGGAUACGAUAUGAUGCUUCACCAAGGGAAAAUGCCUGGACAUCAUAUGAGGGCAGUGGUGGACCAGUGUACUAUAGUGGAGAAGGCUAUGGCAUCAGGGGAUAUGCAGGCCCAGAGCUCAGCUAUGAAGCUGGGGGGUCCUCCCAAACCACGCAGCAGAAAUGCCCCGUGGUCAUUCCCAGUAUCAAGGGGCAGCAGAAAUGCCCCGUGGUCGUUCCCAAUAUCAAGGGGCAGCAGAAAUCUUCUGUGGUUGUUCCCAGUAUCAAGGGGCAGCAAAAAUCUCCCGUGGUCGUUCCCAAUGUUGAGGUCCAGCAGAGCAAGACCAGCGACUGGCACCCCAGCCAGAAGUGA